AUGUGGCCCCACUUUGGCAUACAUGCUCUCCUUGUAAUGAUUGUCACCUUCGGUCCUGUGCCUGCUGCAACGCAGAGCGAAAACGAUGUCCCUGGAGAAGAUCUCUAUCCCCCUCUGUGGGACCUGGCCCCUGGAAAUCUGCUGGAUUUCCCAGUAAAGGACAACAAAAUUGUCAUCAAUGCUUGGAACUAUCAAGAUCGACUAGGAGUGUAUAAGAGCCUGCUAAGUGCUUCAGCCAAAUAUUUUGAUGCCUUUGGACCCCAAAACAGUGGCAAUAUUCUCUGGGGAUUACCAUUGCAGCAUGGCUGGCAAUUUCGUACAGGUAGAUUAGCAGAUCCUUCUGAUGUGACUUCCUGUGGCUAUGAAAAUGGAGAGCCCCUGUGCCAAUCUGUAAGAAGCUGGUGGUCUUGUAUGAAUUACUAUCUGUCUAUUAUACCCUUCCUGGGGGCAGUGGAGGCUGGCCUCUUUGGGCAGCUGCCAUAUGAGGUAGAAAUAUUGCCACCAGAGGAGCAAAAAGAUGAUUUCUGUUACAACGUUAAAGACUGCUGGUCUCGCAUGCCCAAGCUCAUGGAUGACUGGAAGGCUUUUUUUGAAUAUCUGUUAUCUACAGAACACAAAGCUGUGAGCUCUGCCAGCCUCUCCUCCUUCAAACUGGAUGAUGCCCUUGGCCUCAUGUGGAAGGCACACACCUCCUCCAUUGCUUACGCACUCCCCAUGUUCCAUGACAGCUUAAAAUAUCUCUCUGAUCCAGAAGCAAAUUUUGGAGAAGACUGGGCUGAUGCUGUAGAUUUCAUUGCCGCCACACACUUCAGAACAGACUUGCUGACCACAAACAACUUCCAGGCUUUCCUGCCCCAGAGGAUGCUUGUUGAAGGGGAUGUUCUCCCAUCCAUUAGUGAUUUCAGUCCAGAGCAAAAUAAGGUUCUGGUGUCACUGAGAGUUCUUCACAAAGUAAAUAAAAUAACAGGAGGAUUGCUGCUGAAGGUCUGGCAGAAGGCUAUGUCCACUGAAGCAGGAAGAAGAAUAGGCCGAGAACUGAUUGAAGGCUUGCCUUCGAGCCCGAAGCUCGAACUACUUGACCUAAUAGAAAUUUAG